GCAUUAUCUUUACCGUUCGUCUAGUAUUUCUGUUUAUCGUCGAGGCAGCCAGUAUGGGUCGUCGACCAGCUAGGUGUUAUCGUUACUGCAAGAACAAACCUUACCCGAAAUCAAGAUUCUGUAGGGGUGUUCCCGAUCCAAAGAUACGUAUCUUUGAUCUUGGAAAGAAGAAAGCUUCGGUCGAGGACUUUCCGCUGUGCGUACAUUUGGUGUCGGAUGAAUAUGAGCAGCUUAGUUCCGAAGCUCUCGAAGCAGGACGUAUCUGUGCGAACAAGUACAUGGUGAAGAAUGCUGGAAAGGAUCAGUUCCACAUUCGUAUGAGACUGCAUCCGUUCCACGUUAUUCGGAUCAACAAAAUGUUAUCGUGUGCCGGAGCCGACAGGCUUCAAACUGGAAUGAGAGGUGCUUUUGGUAAACCUCAGGGUACCGUGGCAAGGGUGCACAUCGGACAACCGAUAAUGAGCAUACGCUCGUCCGACCGUCACAGGGCUGCCGUGGUCGAAGCGUUGCGUCGUGCGAAAUUCAAGUUCCCCGGCCGUCAGAAAAUUUAUGUUUCAAAAAAAUGGGGUUUUACCAAGUACGACCGCGCCGAGUAUGAGGAAUUAAAGACGGCUGGUCGGCUAGCUCCAGAUGGUUGUAACGUGAAAUACUUACCUGAGCAUGGACCUCUCGAGGACUGGAAGAAAUGGAAGAAGCUUCUCGCCGUUGCUUAAGUGGGCACUAAUUUCUUGACCAAUUAUCUCAUUAAAUCAGUUUGAAAUGAAA